GCCCUGCGAUCUGGCACAGGCGCCUGCGCCGCCGCGGGGCUGCUGCUGAUUGGUCCGCACAUUGUGAGCCUCUUCUGGUCCUGUUGACCCGGGCCCCUCGGAACCUCCAGCUUGAUCCGGUACGGGACUGGACGCCCGCCAUGGCGGCUACUACGGCGGAGACGCGCGUGUUUCUGGAGGUGCGGGGACAGCUGCAGAGCGCGCUGCUGAUCCUGGGAGAACCGAAAGAAGGAGGUAUGCCCAUGAAUAUUUCCAUAAUGCCAUCUUCACUCCAGAUGAAAACCCCUGAAGGCUGCACAGAAAUCCAGCUUCCAGCAGAGGUCAGGCUUGUACCUUCCUCUUGCCGUGGGCUACAGUUUGUUGCUGGAGAUGGACUGCACCUGCGGCUGCAGGCACACGCAGAAUUAGGCACAAAACUGAUUUCAAUGUUUAAUCAAAGCUUGCAAGCCCAAGAAUGUUGCACGUUUUAUUGCCAAUCCUGUGGUGAAGUCAUAAUAAACGACAGGAAGCUCCUCAGGGUGCUCCCACUGCCGAGUGAGAACUGGGGAGCUCUAGUUGGAGAAUGGUGUUGUCAUCCUGACCCCUUUGCUAAUAAACCACUUCAUCCGCAAGAGAAUGACUGUUUUAUUGGAGACUCUUUCUUCUUGGUGAAUUUAAGAACCAGUUUGUGGCAGCAAAGACCUGAACUAUCCCCAGUGGAGAUGUGCUGUGUUUCUUCUGACAACCAUUGUAAAUUGAAAAGGUACCCUGGAGUAUCCAGAGUUGCAGAACCUCCUUUUCCCUGCCCACUGUAUAUGGCUUCUGCCUUGUUACAGUAUAUCUGGACGAGAGGAAUGAUGGUUUUAACAAAGGAACCAAAGGCAAAUACCAAAGUAAUUUGUAAGCGUUGCAAGGUAAUGUUGGGAGAGACCGUGUCAUCAGAAACCACCAAGUUUUAUAUGACAGAGAUAAUUAUUCAGUCAUCUGAGAGGAGUUUUCCUAUCAUACCAAGGCCUCGGUUUGUCCAGAGCGUGAUUGCCCAGUGUCUGGUGCAGCUCUCCUCUGCUAGAAGCACUUUUAGAUUCAUGAUUCAAGGUCAGGACGACAAAGUGUAUAUCUUGCUGUGGCUUUUAAAUUCAGACAGUUUGGUGAUUGAAUCUUUGAGAAAUUCCAAAUAUAUAAAAAAAUUCCCCUUGUUGGAAGAUACAUUGAAAGCCGAUUCUAGUUCUGCCUGGAGUGCUGUCAAGGUCCUCUACCAGCCAUGCAUCAAAAGCAGGAAUGAAAAACUUAUCAGCUCGUGGGAAAGUGACAUCAGCGUCCACCCGCUAACCCUGCCCUCUGCAACCUGCUUGGAGCUGCUGUUGAUAUUAUCAAAGAGUAAUGCCAAUCUGCCUUCAUCCCUUCGCCAUAUGAAUUCCUUUCAGGUGGUAUCCAGGUUACGGCAUCAUCGCCAGAUGCUCAGGCACCCAGGUCAGAACCCUUGGAAUCAAGGGCAUAACAAGAAGUCAGUAAUCUGCAAACCAGGAAAGAGCCUGCAUCAGAGCCCAACGAUGAUGGCGCCCUGCUCUUGGACUUCCAGGCUCCAGAACUCUGCAGAACUGAAUAGUUGUGACAGAGAACUUACGACUCAUCAAAGCUUAAACGCUGGCCCUGUGAUCACCGAGUGUCAACUUGAUGGGACUGAAGGAUACAAAGUAUUGAUCCUGUGUGUGUCUGUGAGGGUGUUGCCAAAGGAGAUUAACAUUUGAAUCAGUGGGCUGGGGAAGGCAGACCCACCCUUAAUCUGGUGGGCACGCUCUAAUCAGCUGCCAGCAAAUAUAAAGCAGGAAGAAAAACAUGAAGAGGGAGACUGGCCUAGCUUUCCAGCCUACAUCUUUCUCACAUGCUGGAUGCUUCCUGCCCUCGAACAUCGGACUCCAAGUUCUUCAGUUUUGAGACUUGGACUGGCUCUCCUUGCUCCUCAAGCUUGCAGACAACCUAUUGUGGGAUCUUGUGACUGCGUACUUUAAUACUUAAUAAACUUCCCUUUAUAUAUUAUAUAUGUACUAUUAGGUUCUGUCCCUCUAGAGAACCCUGACUAAUACAGGACCUUUGCAGAAAAUGUUUGCCAACUCCUGCUUGAAAAUGUUACUAUGCUCGUGAGCCAUAUUUACCCUGGAUGCCUUCUCUCCAGCCUCAUCUCUCUCUCUCCUUGCUCUCAUCUCUCUACCACCUCAUAUCUUUCUUCAACCUCUCUUGUCCACUAUGUUGAAGCCACACCUGCCUCCUUUUAGUUCCAGGAGAACACCAAGACCUUUCCUGCCCAGGGACUUAGCACAGGAUAUUCACUCUGCCUGGACAGUCCUCUCUGUCUGGAACAGUCUUCUUUCGAAAGCAAAUUGCUUCUCAUUGCUUUCCAGCUCAUAUCUCAGAGAGGUUUCCCUAACCACUCUACUCUAAAUAGUUCCUUCUCUCACACAUCAAUUGUUCUUUUUCACAUUACUCUGCUUUUUCCCUUCAAAACACUUAUCACAACUGGAAGUUUUUUAUUUAUUUCCUUAAGGCCCCUGUCCCCCCUUGUUCUGUGAGCUCCCCGAGUGAGAAACAAUGUCUGUUUUGUUCACCACUCUAUCCCCAGAGCCUGGCAUGUAAUAUGUGCUCAGUAAUAAAUUGCUGAAUAGAUGAACAAAUAAGGGACAAAUUUGCAUGUAUAAUGACCUUCCUUUUAUUUUGUAAUUUGGAUUUUCUCUUUAAAUGUAAGUACUCCACUUUGAUAAUGUUUGUUAUAUUUUCUCUCCUUUGCUCCAAAUUAUCAAGGUCAUGUGGUAUUUAAGGUUUUUUUUCUCUCCUUUGUGGUAAUUUCUCUCCCAGUGUGAUGCCAUUUGCAAACUUAAUGAAUACUGUUUGGUUAUCUAUGUGGUUAGGAGCAGAAUGAGGAAGAUAGGUUGUACUGACUGCUGUGUUACAUUUGGGUCAUUUCAGUAAUAGGAACACUGAGUCUUCACAGAGAAAGCCUCAGCUCAUUCCUGAAUGAGAUGCUGAAAAUAAUGUAUUAGAAUAUUAAUGAAUACCUCAUAAAUUGUUUAAUAUUGGUUUCUGGAAUAUUUGUACAUUGAUGCCAGUAUACAUUUUGAUUUCUAGAAAAGUGUUCCCAUAAGCCAAAAUUGAUUAUACUUAUAUGCUUUAAUUACAAAAAUUUUCUGCAGUAAAUAUCUCUUCACAGUAAAAUGAGAUACACUAGAGAAAACUGGAAUUCUUAAGCAGUGUAACAAUUAUGGCUCUGAUUAAACUCUGUCUCUGCUUUGCAGUGAUGGUCCAGCCAAAAUAAAAGUUUUUCUAUUGCUGGCUCCACUGUACACAUCUCCUCACCUAACACCCAUCAGAACAGCCCCCGAGGCAAAAUCCAACAGCUCCUUAACAACUCAAGAACACUAUACAGAACUUAGAAAAUGUAGGUAGGGCCAGUAAUUCUCAGAGUGUGGUUCCCAGACCGGUAGCA